GGCUCACUCUAACGAGGUACCUUUCUCCGUGUGCGAGAGCGUCCCAGGUACCUCGACGACCUGAUUGACUGGAGGGCUGACUUGAAUGCAGCACCGAGUUACUUGCAUGGUGGGGGCCGUGCUUUCCCUUUUGGGUGUAGCUGCCAUUUGGUUGCAAAGAGGUUGCCAAACACUUUUUCUCAAAGGCCCGGCCGAGUCCGUUCAGUCUUUUCGUCAGAUUCCGAGUUGUCCAGGUCCAGCACAGCGACCAUGUCGUACCUCGUACCCCGUACCGAUCUACUGCCUGAUGCUUCGGUUGAUCAACGAGGUCGAGGCCAGCAAUGGGACUCUCUUUAUGGUUUAUUUCCUCGAGUGCAUAAUAUUGCACGUCUGAGAAGUUGAUGUUAGCAUUUCUUUGUUACCAAUGGGAUGUGUAUGCUGAACAAAAGAGACUUGUCGCAAAUGGCACUCUUUAAGAUUUGAGAU